AUGGAGCAAGAUAUAAUUAGGAUAAAGGAAAAGAUCAUCGAUGGGAAUGACCAGCCCUACGUGAUCUCUAUUGUUGGUGGUGGAGGCAUAGGCAAGACAACUCUAGCUGAGCAACUUUACAACCACGAGGACGUCGCGGAUCAUUUUGCCUGUCGUGUUUGGAUCCGUGCAUCUCAGAAGUAUGACAAGAGAGGGAUUUUACGGUACAUGCUUCAACGGGUCGCCAAAGAAGAGACAUCGAAACAGAGGCAUCACGAUUUCUUGAAGGAGAACAGGUAUCUGAUAGUCUUAGAUGGCAUAGAGGCCAUAGAAGACUGGGAUGCUUUAAAAGAGGCAUUUCCAGAAGCAAAGAACGGGAGCAAAAUACUGCUCACGAGUGGAUGUCCAGAAGUUGCUAAACAUGCUGACCCUGAAGGUUAUAUUCACAAAUUACGGCUGCUAAGUGAUGAAGAGAGCUGGGAGAUCUUAACAGCCCCGCAAAAUAGGGGAUCCAUCCAUCCAGAUGUUGCGGAAUUUGGAGAGAAAAUUGUGAAGAUUAGCAAUGGUUUACCUUUAACAAUUUUGAAUUCCAAAGGGGUUUUGUCAACCGCAAAAGGAAACACGGUUUCAGACGUUCUUGGGAGUGCAAAAAGGCUGCUCGGUGAACUUACUUCAUCGUUAGAUAAAAGUAAAACUCCAUGGUCAGAUGUCAUGGACCCAGUUCCUCCCGACGAGUUAGGGUUGAAAAAGUUUCUCGAUUAUUUUGCUCUCUUCCCCCAAGACUUCGAGAUCCCAACAAGGAGGUUGAUUUCGUUGUGGGUUGCAGAGGAGUUGGUGAAGCAGAUUGACGACACACCUCCUGAAACAGUUGCUGAGAAAUUUUUAAACGACUUGAUAAAUCGGAAUUUGGUUAUAGUAGUAAAGAUGAGGUCCGAUGGGAGGGCUCAGAGGGUUCGUGUGCCCAACGUUUUAAGACAACGCUUACUAAAUUGCGCUCAUUCUAAUCUUGGCGUAAACCUUGUUAAUGCCUCAACGCCUUCAGCUACUGCUCGAAUGUAUCGAUUUGUUGAUCAUUGUGAACCCAAUGACACGCAGUUAGACCAAAUUUAUGCUGACAAGAAACCUUCCUGGGAAUCGUACAAAAAUCUCCUAUCUUUUUGUUCGUUCGACUUUGGAAAAGGAGAUGGUCCCGGCGAGAUGAUAGGAAACUUUCUUUUCAGGGGAAUUGCUCAGAACUGCUUUCAGUCGCUUUUAAUCCUUGACCUAGAGCGCGUAUAUAAGCCCAAGCUACCAGAGGAACUGGAUGAACUAGUUAAGUUGAGGUACCUUGGGUUGAGAUGGACUUACUUGGACACGAUACCAAAGUCCGUAGGCAAAUUGAGAUGUCUUCAAACGAUAGAUGUAAAGCACACUUAUAUCAGCACUUUCCCUAGUUCGAUUUGGAAGAUGAGAGGACUCCGACAUCUAUACUUGAACGAGAGUCGUCUGGGUAGGUUUGAUCAUCAACCUAGCAGUCGCUCGGUAAAGAAUCUCCAAUCGCUAUGGGGACUAUUUGUAGAUAAGGACAGUCCUGUGAAGGAUGGUCUGGACAAGUUUACUUGUCUUACGAAAUUGGGUUUGGUUUUCCAAUUAUCGGUCCAUCAACAAGAUGCACUGCUCAGGUGGAUUGAGAAACUGCAUCUCCUUAAAUCCUUGAGGUUAAGAUCCAAGAAUGAAAUGGGUAAGACUGGGCCUUUCUGCUCAACUCUGAGUUUUAAGAACAAUAAGGAUCUCACUGACCUCUAUUUGCUGGGGAGCUUAGAGAAAUUAUUGGAACAGAAUGCCUUCCCGCCAAACCUAAUAAGUCUCAUUUUGUCAGUAUCCGGACUCAAAGAAGAUCCAAUGCCGACAUUGGGGAGUUUACCCAAGCUAAGGUUCCUUAAGUUAUCAAAUUCCUACACGGGAAAGUGCAUGGCCUGCUCUUCAAGGUGUUUUCCCGAGCUUCGAGUAUUGAAAAUCUGGAAUAUGGAGGAACUGGGGACAUGGAGUGUAGAGGUAGGAGCAAUGCCGAAACUUAAAGAGCUCGAGAUUAGAUCGUGCAGAAAAUUAAAGAAGCUUCCGGAUGAACUUAAGCGCAUCACCACUCUUCGGGAUUUCAAGUUGUCGGAUAUGCCUGAAGAAUGUACCAAAGGUGAUAAUUGGGUUGAAAUGGUGCGUAUUGUUGAUUGGAAUGUUGGGGAAUGA